GUCUGAACCAAACAAGGAACCGAAACCUGGACUGUCAAAGUCAGAGGCUAAUACUAUCUUCAUAAGCAUCAUGACUAUGGCGCGAUUUGAAAAAUGGAAAUAGUGUCUGGUUUUGUAUCUUUCACUGUAUCCAAGGUUUUGCAGCUCUCCAGAAUUUCUCAACACAAGAAUGCACAAGCCACCAAAAAGAUGGAAGAGAAAGCACUAGAAGUUUAUGACGUGAUUCGUACUAUUCGGGACCCAGAGAAACCAAACACACUGGAAGAGCUGGAUGUGGUGUCUGAGAAAUGCGUUGAGGUCGAAGAUCUAGGCGACGAGGAAUAUCUUAUCAUUAUCAGAUUCACCCCGACAGUACCCCACUGCUCAUUAGCAACGUUGAUUGGUCUUUGUUUACGAGUCAAACUCCAGAGAUGUUUGCCCUUUAAACACAAGUUGGAAAUUUACAUUUCUGAAGGAGCGCACUCUACAGAGGAAGAUAUUAAUAAACAGAUCAAUGACAAGGAGAGGGUGGCAGCGGCCAUGGAGAACCCAAACCUGCGGGAGAUUGUGGAACAGUGUGUCACUGAGCCCGAUGACUGAGGGGGACCACACCACGGCUGACUUGGACCAGAACCGCUGUGUUUGAGGGGCCCUGCGGAGAGCUCUCUUUCAGUUAGCAAUGGGAGAGUGAGGCUUCAUGAACCUCGAGAUAUGUUACCCCGGAGCUGCUGAUUUGAACCAAUCAUAGUGGUUUAGCCUCACAUUCUCAUCUCUGCUUUCAGUAGUUGACCAUUCUGUUUUACACACAUAUGUGCGUCUUUAUGCAGAAACCUUGAAAUGACUGAAAUUUGAACAAAAAAUGUAAUUCCUCAAUCUUCAGUUUUCUUGCUGGAAAAUAAACCCUGGUUUGUAUAUUGUCAUAAAAUCACCCCAGAUGCCUUAUAAAUCCUUGUACAGUAGUGGAUUGAUAUGAUUUUGUAUAGGCAUGCCUGUAACUAAAGGUCAGAGUCAGUCAUUCAGGGGCUUGUCAGUAGACAUGGAAAUUUCUUACAUCACAGACAUAUCAUAUCUAAUAUUUGGAGGAACUGCUCCGUGUUCAUUUUGCCAUGAAAGCAGUCCCUGAAAUCCUUAACUACAGAACUGAAUGAAACCUAGGUGGUAAAGUGGAGGUGACAACCUGUGCUCAGCCUGGAAGUUUGGUAGUCAUUGGGGUCUAGGUGAAUAUAGUCAACAUUGAAGAUGGUUUAUUUUAAGAACAUGAUGCAGCUGUGUUGGGAGACUAUUCACAAAGAACAGACCCUGACCAAGGGAAAUGGCAGCUUCCUGACACAGCUCUGUCAAUUAGCGGAAAUUCAUGUUUUGACCGGAAAAAUUGUGGUUUUUGUUUUGGCUUUCAUAACUUUUAUGACUCGGACAGUAGUAGUUUGCUUUGUUGUUUGUAUUGGAGUGCAAAUGUACUGCAUUGCUGUCAAAUCAUUUUCUGUCAAAUUUGUUAUAUCAACUUCAGUAAUAUUGAUAUACAACUCUUAUUUUGAAUGAACUGAAGCCUUUUUUGUUUUUGUUUUUUUGGCAAUAUAAAUAAUUUGCAUAAAUCUAA